UCUCAGGAUGAUCCGACGCACGUUUCUCACCGGCAGACGCGUCUUCUUUCUUGGGCUGCGCUGCUUCUCCUCCGGAGGAGAAAUAACAGCAGAUGCGCCAGCGGACCUGACGCAACAGGCGUCGCUUUAUGUGCACUGGCCCUACUGUCUCAGGAGAUGUUCCUACUGCAACUUUAACAAAUACAUACCCAGAGGGGACAACGCCCACGUCAUGACCGAGUGCCUGCAGAGGGAGACUGAGGCCUUGCUGCAGCUCAGUCAGGUGUCCAGCAUCACUUCUGUGUUUUUUGGCGGUGGGACGCCCAGCCUGGCCCAACCCUCGACCAUCGCAGUGAUCCUGGAAACCGUCAGCAGGCGAGUAAACCUGUCAGACGAGGCGGAGGUCACGCUGGAGGUCAACCCCACUCCUGUGGGAAUGGCAAAGCUGGAAGAUUAUUGCCGCGCGGGAGUGAACCGCUUCUCCAUCGGCGUCCAGACUCUGCAGGACGACGGCCUGAGUCUCCUGGGGAGAGACCACAAUUCCCAUCAGGCCUUGCGAACCAUCGAAGAGGCCCGGAGGCUGCGUCCCGGGCGGGUGUCGGUGGACGUCAUGUUCGGGCGUCCCCAUCAAACCGUUGGGUCGUGGGAGAGAGAGCUGUCUGAGCUGCUGCGGGCGUGUGACGACCACGUGUCUCUGUACCAGCUGACCCUGGAGCGCGGCACCCGGCUCUUCCAGCAGGUGCACCAAGGGGCGGUGGCCGUGCCAGCGGAGGACGAGACGGCAGACAUGUACCAGUGCGCCAGGACGACGCUGCAGCAGCACGGCCUUGUGCAGUACGAGGUGUCCAACUUUGCCCGACACAACGCAGUGAGUCAUCACAAUCUGAGCUACUGGAAGGGACGGCAGUACAUCGGCGUCGGCCCAGGUGCUCACGGGCGCUUCGUGCCGCUAGCGGAGGGCGGCGGCGUGCGCGAGGCUCGGACCCAGACUCUGGAGCCGGACGUGUGGAUCCGCGAGGUCCGGCGGCGGGGACACGGCACGCGGAGGAGGAUUCCACUCCACCGGCUUGAACUAUUGGAGGAGGCGUUGGCGAUGGGACUGCGGAUGACUGAGGGCAUAACACACAAGCACUGGGGAAUGUUUAGUCCUCAGCUGGGCCUCCGUGAAGUCUUUGGUUCAUCUGCUGACGUCCAGGAGUUGCUGCACAGUGGACACCUAAUUCUCGAUGACAGAGGUCUGCGGUGCUCCUGGGCUGGACUGGCCUUACUGGACAGCAUGCUGCCGGCUCUGCUGGUGGAGCUGGAAACACAAAUCCCCCAGCGAUCACCAGUGGAGCACGGUGCCGAGGGACGGAGACCACCACCCAGUUAGUAGAGAGGUUUAGACACUCUGAAUGUUUUAUUUGUCUAAGUCUGGGGCUUCUGUGUAUGAAUGCCUAGUGGUCGUUUACAAAUUGUAGCAAUCAAUUAAAGUUUUUCUUCUCUUUGA